AUGCAAGGCGUGAGGAAAUCGGCCAUUCUCUUGAGAUCUCGGAAUGGGCUGUCCUCCCUCCUGGGGCCAAACCCUGCAAAAAAGUGCUUAGCUCAUAUACCAAUGCCUUCUAAGUCGGGGUUUCUGAGGCAUUUCACUGCUGGUGCCGCGCAUAUUGCUCAGUUGGACUCUCGUCAAGCAAAUGGACUCCUUGUUUUUCAUGGUAGAUGGAAUUGCAGACAAUCCUCCACAGCAGGAUUUAGAAGUUCAUGCCAACUUCUGCAAAGAAAUUCAACAAACAGCAGUAGUCGAUUCUCUGCCAGAUCCUUUGCAUCAAGAAUGUCUAGGAGAGCUGAGCAGAAACAGUCAGAGACCAAAAAAGAUGUGUCCACAGUUGAGGAUCCUUUUGAUGCUCCCACCUACAAUAUCCCAGAGAAGCCUGUUACAUUUACAGAGGGCGCUUCCUACACUUUGGUAAUCCUAGUAGGCCUAGGGUUAGCAGCAGCUGCAGGUUAUGCUGUUUUCAAGGAACUGAUCUUUGAACCUAAAGAGUACAAGAUCUUUAACAUGGCUUUGAAGAGAAUUCAAGAUGAUGGUCAGGUGCGAGUGAGGAUUGGAUCUCCUAUUACGGGUUAUGGUCAGGAAAGCAGGAACAGAGCUGCUCGUCAGAGAAUUCCAAACAAGAUAUACACAGACGAAGAUGGCGUUGAGCAUGUCCUGGUAAGCUUUCAUAUCAGGGGGCCACAUGGAGCUGGCAAGGUUUCAGCUGAAAUGUUCAGGGACAAAGUUGACAAGCAGUGGAAGUAUACAUACUUGAUCGUUCAGAUCACACACCCUUCACAAUCUCAACUCAUUCUGGAGUCUUACAUACCAGCUGCUGCACCAGUUCCAGCAUAAGCUAACUGACCCAAGGUUGCAAAUCCUUGAGCCAUCAUAGUAUUACUGAUCAUGGAAGGGCUUCAUUAUUCAUCAAUAGUACAUCCUGCGCGGUCAGUCGCUUUUGGAAUUUGUUCAUAAAUUUAAAUUGGUUACAAGCUACAGUUUUGAUAUUGGUAGCUAGGUGGGAAUCUUUUGUUUGUUGUUUUUGCAUGGGUUCUUUGAAUCGUGGUCUCAACAUAUUUCAUGGAAUGAAU